AAGAGAUAAUAUACCCAUUACGCUUGCUUGGUAGGUCAAAAUUGGUCGACAAUGUCCGAGAUAAAAGCAGUCUGUGUUUUGAAAGGCAAGGAUGGAGUUGGCGAAGGCGUUGUUCAUUUUACACAACAGGGACCUGAUGCAGAAGUGGUUGUGAAAGGGAAAUUAGAAAAAUUACAACCAGGAGAGCACGGUUUUCAUAUCCAUGAACUUGGUGAUAAUACUAAUGGUUGUAUAAGUGCUGGUGGUCAUUACAAUCCAUUUAGUAAAACUCAUGGAGGUCCCACAUCAGAUGAUAGACAUGUUGGUGAUCUAGGUAAUGUAACAGCUAAUGAUGGUAAUGUGGCUGAAUUCACUAUUACAGAUAAACAAUUAAAAUUAACAGGUCCUUAUUCUAUUAUUGGUAGAACUGUUGUGGUUCAUGAAAAAGUUGAUGACUUGGGAAAAGGAGGAAAUGAUGAAAGCUUGAAAACUGGUAAUGCAGGUCCAAGAUUAGCUUGUGGAGUAAUUGGUAUUACGAAGUAAAUUAGUGUUGAUAUAAAGAAAUAUUUUGUACCUCGAUCUAAUUAACAUAAAUUGUUGUUGAUUUAUUUACAGUUUGUAAACAAAAUUUGUAGAAUAAUAUAAUAUAAUUGUGUACAUUCCUCCUGGUUUGUUUUUGUAUGUUCAUUAUAUGAUACCCUUCGUCUUUUGUGGUUACUUUUGAUGGUCUACAAGUUUAUAAAAUUAUGAUGAAAAAUAAUAAGAGUUACUUAUUACAUACUGUAUAUUUGCGUGUGUAAAGCACAGACUUUUACCCCAAGAAAGACUUGCCAAACUAGUUUCACUAUGAUACAUGAUUUUAUACAUAGUACAAAAAUACAAAUAUUUGAAAAAAUCUUUAUAUAUU